UCGGGGCGGAAGCGGCGGAGCGGCUCGUCGUUGACACGGGAGCGCCGGCGCCGCCGGGGCUCGCGCUCGCGCAGCCGCCGGAGGGACCGCCGCAAAGACAAGGACAAGGGCCAGGGCCGAGAAAAAGGCAAACACAAGGACAAGGAGAAGGGCAAAGAGAAGGCCAACGGCAAAGACGGGGAGAAAGGCAUGGACACGGCCAAAGAGAAAGGCGACGACAAGAAGAAG